UUGAUUGCUGGAGUCAGGAAGUUUUAUGAAUGAAGGGGGAGGGUUUUUUUUAUUUGUUUUUUGUUUUUAGCCUCGGAAGCGUCAUUCUGCCCCCGUCCUGAUGACGUCAGAGUCCCGAAGCCCCCGGUGUGACGUCACAUGGCGUCCUUUAUAAACGCGCGCGCGCCUCUCAGCUCCAUCCACUCUGCUGACCUGCAGACCCACAGCAUCAGAUCCAGCAGCAGAUACACCUGAGGAGUCCACUUCUGCAGGACAUGCGGGCGGUGUGUGUGUUCGUCCUGGCCUGUGUGGCGGUGUCCGGAGCUCCGGGGGUCCGCGGGCAGGACGGCCCGCCCGAAGAGGAGCUGUUCCAGCGGGCGGAGGAUCUGCUGCUGCGCUCCAUCCUCACACAGAUGGAGGAGCAGAACAGCGAGAACGAUCAGCCAGAGUGGAUGGAGAAGCGACAGCACCCGGGCAAGAGGCAGCACCCCGGGAAGCGUGAGGAGGAUCUGGAGCCGGAGACGGAGAUGGAGGAGCGCUGGAGGCGGCAGCACCCCGGGAAGCGCGCGCCGUUCGAUCUGGGCAUGCCAGAUGACCCCACCGCGCUCGGCGAGCUCUCCAAGAGGCAGCACCCAGGGAAACGCUACCUGAUGCUGCUCCACAAGCGGCAGCACCCCGGCCGGCGCGAGCUGCAGGAGGCAGAUGGAGACUCUGCGGAGGUGGAGAAGCGGCAGCACCCUGGGAAGAGGCGGUGCGAGGGCUGGGCGGACGCGGGCUGCGGGCUGCUGGAGCUGCUGGACACGAGCGGAGCCCCGGAGAAACGACAGCACCCGGGCCGGCGCGCGGAUCCGGAGGACGAGCUGCCGGGGCUAGAGUAACUCUCGGCGGGCGGGUGGACGGACGCAUCAGUAAGUGUUCGGUGCGACUCGCGGGAAACACACCUGUCUCUCCAUGUGCCGGUUUUCGAAGCGACAGUGCAAAGCCUCAUUCACCUGUGACGCGUUUUUGUUUCUCCGGCGCGCGUAAUUGCGCGGGGAGCCCCCCGGUGUCUGCUGUACACUGGGGUAAAGCUGGGUUUAUAUGCGCACAUUCAGACUGUCUCCUUGAUGAUGUGAUUACAGAAAAGUAUUGAUUACUAAUUCUAAAUAGUAGAAUCAUAUUAUCAGCCGAUGACUGUCAAAGUGCAACACUCUUUAGAGUCCAUUAAUAGUGCUGGUGUUGUUUUGAAGUCAGACAUGCAUGCCACUUCAGACCCAAUAUUUAAAGUGUAAUGUGUUAAACAGUAUAGGCAGUGGGCCACGAUUGUCACUGUUCAAAUAUGAACGAAUGUGCGAAAAUAAAACUCUUCCUCAAUGUCUGUCUGCCUGUGCUGUCGGAUUUUCCUACCUCCAUUCAAGUAUGAUAGUGAUUGUCUGAUAAUGUGAUUCAGUGUUUUCUGAAAUUAUAUUAUUAAGGAGAAAGACAGAAUGUGUGAAUAUGAAACCAGCUUUAGCCCAAUGUCAAACCGUCCCAUAACUCUUAUUCCAAAAGUAGGUAGCAGUGAAUAUGCGGCCCAUCGGAUUGUACUUUCAGUGUCAAUGCUUGAUGUAGUUUGUUAGUCAAACACAGUGUUGUGUAUAACCCGAUGGGUAUCAUGAUUUGACCGGACACCGGCGAGAAAUGCUCCUGAGCUGACCGGAGAUCUGCUCUCUCUGUCGGUCUGUUCUGGAAGCAUUUCCGCGGUCAUCAUCACGGAUCUCGCACUUUUGCUCAGUGUAAAUGCCAUCGGAUUUGGGUUCGCAAAAACUGUGAAACGGGUUGCCGAGAUAUUUUUCUACAGUGAUUUAAUUCUUGCAUGAGCUGACCUGUACAUUCCCAUGAUUUAUUUUUGUUCGAUUGAUAAAAGAGCAUAUAAAUGAUGAUGAUGAUGAUGAUG